CCUUCCAAAUCCAAUUGAGUGCAAGAGACGUACUCAGUGCAGCUGAGGAGAAGCAUGCAGCAAAGAUGGCUGAUGGAGUCGAGCAACGGCUGGCCUGGAUCUUGGAGUUUAUGAGCAAGGAGCAGCUCAGGGAGUUCCUGCUGCGGCUGCCUGAUAAGGAUCUCUGUGAGCACUCCCCUGGGGCGACCACAGCUCAACCAGAGGAGGUGGCUGGCAUGAAGUUGGCUUCACGCCUUGUGGCUCAAUAUGGGGAACAGCGGGCCUGGGACCUGGCCCAGCAGACCUGGGAGCAGAUGGGCUUGACCCAGCUGUGUGCCACAGCCCGGAUAGAGUUAGCUAUACAGUCAAGUGAGUUGAAGCGUCUUCAUGCUAUGGCAGAAUUUAAAGCAGAACGUGAACACCAGGAGCUCCAUAGUCUUUCCUUGACUUUCUUCUCCCUUCUCAAAGUCCCUGCAAGCCUGCGGGAGCUGGACCUGAGUGGGAACUCCCUGAGCUUCACUGUAGUACACAAGCUUCGUGUCACCCUGGAAAGUCCUAGCUGCCGCCUGGAGACCUUGAGGUUGGCCAACUGCGGCCUCACAGCAAAAGGCUGCAAGGCCCUUGCCCGUGGGCUGAAGACCAGCUGGUACCUGACAGAGUUGGACCUGAGCUUCAACCAGCUCCUGGACACCGGAGCCCAGGGCCUUUUCCGGGAACUGAGACUUUCUGCAAGCUGCAAGCUGCGGCGGCUGCUGCUCGUCAGCUGUGGCCUCACAUCUGGCUGCUGCCAGGACCUGGUCUCCAUGAUCAGAUACAACUUCAUGCUGUCAGAGCUGGACCUGCAGCAGAAUCACCUGGGCGACCAGGGUGUCAGGCUGCUCUGUGAAGGGCUCAGGCAAUCUAACUGCCACCUCAAGCACCUGGGGCUGGAUCAGACUGGGCUGAGUGAGGAGGUGGCAGAGAUGCUGAGGCUCCUACAGCGGGAGACACCCAGGACUCUCCCCAUCCCGCAUGGACCUACCUCAAUUUUCUCCAAUAUCCCGGGGAGAAGGAAAAAUUUUACAGAGAGGACACAAAAUAUGACUAUCAUUAAAAAAGAUCUAGAAGAAAAGAUGAAUUAUAAACCAACUACACCCAAAUGGCGGGAACCUGAAUCAGAGGAGAGCUACCGGCAAGUAGUAAUGAUGAAGCCCUUCUGUCUGUCUUCACCUGAACCUCUGUGGGACAUACCAGUGGAGUCUAAAGGGACAGAUGAUGUCUUCUGGGGUCCCUCAGGGUCUGUGUCUCUAAAGGUGGUGGACGAAGAGAGGAGUCUAUACCGAGUUCACUUCCCUGUGGCUGGUUCCUACCACUGUUCCAAAAUGAGGCUCUACUUUGUGGUGAGACGGCCAGUGACCAUUGAGAUUGAAUUCUGUGCUUGGGACCAGUUCCUGGACCAGACUGUCCCACAGCACAGCUGGAUGGUUGCAGGGCCUCUUUUUGACAUCAAGGCUGAACCAGGAGCUGUGGAAGCUGUGUACCUCCCUCACUUUAUAGCCCUCCAAGAGAAACAUGUGGACAUCUCAUGUUUCCAAGUCGCCCACUUUAAAGAGGAUGGGAUACUUCUGGAGAAGCCAACAAGGGUGGAGCCACGUUACAUAGUCCUUGAGAACCCCAGUUUCUCCCCUAUGGGAGUUCUACUGAGGAAGAUCCACUCUUUCUUGAGCAUCCCUGUCAUCUCCAAUGUGCUGCUCUACCAUCGCCUCCAUCCUGAGGAAGUCAACUUUCACCUCUACCUACUCCCCAGUGACUGCACCAUUGAGAAGGCUGUAGAUAAUGAAAAAAAGAAGUUCCAGUUUGUGCGAAUACACAAGCCACCCCCGCUGACUCCGCUCCACAUAGGCUCCCGAUAUAUUGUGUCUGGUUCACAGAAAAUGGAAAUACUCCCUGAGGAACUGGAGCUCUGCUAUCGAAGCCCUGGGAAACCCCAGCUCUUCACUGAGUUCUACGUUGGUCAUUUGGGGCCGGGGAUUCGGCUGCAGAUUAAAAGCAAAGAUGAUGAGACUGUGGUAUGGGAGGCCUUGGUGAAAUCAGGAGACCUCAGACCUGAAGCUACUCUGGUCUCUCCAGCCCUAGCAGACUCACCUUCACCCCCAGAUGCCCCAGACUCACUACACUUUGUGGACCAACAUCGGGCACAGCUGGUGGCUCGAGUGACUUCGGUGGAUGCAGUCCUAGACAAGCUUCAUGGACAGGUGCUGAGCGAGGAGCAAUAUGAGAAGGUGCGAGCUGAGCCCAUCAAUCCAGACAAGAUGAGGACGCUGUUCAGCUUCAGCAAGUCCUGGGACUGGUCCUGCAAAGAUCAGCUCUUCCAAGCCCUUAAGGAGACCCAUCCUCACCUAAUUGAGGAACUCUGGGAGAAGUGACGCAGUGGAGGAGACUAGGAGGGUAGGGGGGUGAGGCUACAGACAAGCUCAGCAGCUGAAGUCUGAACACCUGCUUAUGAGUCCUGGCUCUGACUGUCCAGGUUUUGGGUCUAGGUUUCUACAAGUCUAAACACAUGGCCACCACCCAGCAAGAGUGGCUCAGUUGGUUAGUGUCAUCCUGUGCAUGGAAGGGUUAUUGGUUCGAAUCCUGGUCAAGACAUAUACCUGGGUUGCAGGUUCGAUUCCCAGUCAUGACAUGUAUGGAAAGCAAUGUAUAAUGUUGCUGAUGUUAUUCUCUCACAACAAUGUAUGUAUCUCUCUCUCUUUUCCCCCUCCCUCUGGCUUCUCUCUAAUCAUGUCCUCAGUGAGGAUAGA